AUGGCACUUUCGUACAAUCUUCAAGAUCUUAUCGCGACAGACAUCGCAACCGCCCUUCCUAAGGAUGCAGUGACAGAGGUCAUCUCUCAAGCACCGUUCGCGUCUGUUCCCGGUAUCUUCAACCUACGCGACAUCAGCGGUGCGGAUUCGCCUCUGUAUCCCUUUUCAGUUAACCUGCGAACCGGUCUCGUAUAUCGAGCGGGUGCCCCGGCCUCUACAUUCACAGAACAUGGUAGAGCUGCGCUGAACACCCUCGGUAUCAAGAAAAUCUUUGAUCUACGUCGUGUCGAUGAGCGCAUCAAGAAUCCCAGCCCUGUCAUUGACGGCGUCGACGUUGUAUGGAUUCCGUACGCAGAAGGGGGUGCCCGGCCGGCAACUGUCCGGAACCUUGAAGGGUCCAUGGAACAGGUUGUGGAAAUGUACAUGGGAUAUCUGGAGACGCAUGCGCCGAUCUACAAGGCCGUCUUUGAGCACAUUCGGGACGAGCCAGAGACGCCAUUUCUCUUCCACUGUUCUGCCGGGAAAGACCGCACCGGUGUUCUCGCAGCCUUAAUCCAUCGGCUGGCAGGAAGCUCCAACGAGGCCCUUAUCCUCGACUUCACACUAACCCGCGUUGGACUUGAGCCGGGUCGCGCGGCGCUCCUGAAGAUGAUGCAAAGUGUGUACGGCGAGUCAGUGCUCGACAACCCGGUCCUGCCGGUGGUCUGGGGAGUUCACGGUACCGGCAUGGUGGCGUUCUUGGAGGCUCUCGACGAAGAUUAUGGUGGAGUGACUGGGUAUCUGAAGAACGCACUUGGAUUUUCGGACAAUGACCUCGAGGUCAUGAAGGCGAACCUUUUACUGAAUCCAGAGUCGGGCAGUCGCCUGUGA